AUGUCGAAUAUAGAGAACACAACGGAGGUCAAAAAACGCCUUUGGAAUGGUUCAAUUAACAUCAGAAUCAUCUUUAUCGUAAAUGGACAAACAUUUGAGUACUUGGUGCAAGCAUUUAGAAAUUCAUAUUUGCCACUACUAUAUCCACGAAUAAUCCCAUAUUUCGAAACCAUCACUAAUGCAAAGAUAGAGGAACCUGUAUGGUUGGAGUUUGAGAGUGUUCCCUUGAGAUGGAACAUACCGGUUGGUGUACUUUAUGAUUGUUUGUACCUCCCAGCGCACCACUCCAGUCGCGACCGCAGUCAUAGUUGGGAGUUGAAUCUACGAGUUGGUACUUACCCCAUGGAGUAUGUCAUGCCAUUCACACAAACCAAUGGAGCUAUCGAUUAUAUCAAAUGUCUAAAUGAAGUGUUAAAGAAUCAACUAAAACAAUCAACAUUUGUCAUUAAUGGUUCUUCUAAAGCCAUUAUGCAAAUGAGUGAGCACGAUUCAGAAAACUACUUAUCCUCCAUCGUGACGAGAAACUUGCACCACUACAACAAUUUCAAUAACAAACUUGUCAAAACAGCAAAGGGGAUACCCAUACGGAUACUAUUGCCCUGCAGUGAUAUCAUGAGUCAAGUGCCAGCAGUACCCACCCAAACCUUGGCUGAGUUGAUACUGAACACAAUGCAUGAUUUGUAUGAGAUAGCUCACCCAUUCACGCAUGGGAUAGAUAUCAGCCUGUUGUCGGGCGUUUCUUUGUUGGAAAUUUGGCAAAUUUUUAAAUACCCCGACAAUGUUUUGUAUAUAACAAUGAUUAUCCUUUGA